AUCGACCUCAUCAAUAUACUCUCAGCUAAACUCCUCAAUCACUUACAAAAUGCCAUCUGACUUACGAAAACGAAACCUGACUGAACUUCCUAGAACUCUCAACAAUCCACGUCCUCGAUCUCCCGAUGCACCUACUCAUACUUCACUCAAUCGACAUAAACCUACCAUUGCUCCUACAGUCUUCAUCAUCCUAGUCUUCUUUCUCACAGCUCUUCUCUUCCCAGUCUUUUAUUAUACUCAAGUGAUGAUUCCACAUCCUGAUUCGACUUCGAUGUUAUCACACUUUAAAAGGGAAGGUCAUAAACUUCUUUCCGGACUCGGUCAUCUUAGUCAAACUGGACCUGGUCGACAAAAGUUUGUUCCUGAUCUUAAGGCUCAAAAAAUAGCAGAUGAAAUCCAAGAUUCAGAGCAAGUCGUAGAAGAAGUUGAUAAACAAACCCUAUUAACUGGAUCGAUUACGAAAUCAAAAGAAGAUUCAAUAGAUCAAAUCCGUUCACUUCUUUCAGAUCCAAAAUUUAAAUCAGGACUUAAAAAAUCAAACCAUCAAACUGGGUCAGAUCCAUCAAUGUCACAGGAAGAACGUGAUAAAUUAGAUGAACAAUUAGGAAAGUUUUGGCAAGCUUCAAGUCGAUAUAGAUCAGAAGCACAAGGAAAAGAAGAAGGACAAUACGCUAUUACGGGUGAUGGAAUAUCUAAAUCUAAAUCUGAUUCAAACAACAAAGCAGGUUCAGCAAUCGAUUCUUUACCUGAUGCUGAUCCUGAUGCGAAAGAAGGUCUAACACCGGAGGUUUGGGCUGCGAUUAGUGAACAACUUACUGCUGAUCAAUUGACGGUCAUGUUGGAUGCGGUUAGAACUAAGGAGAUUUGAGUACGAGUUGAUUAUUGGAAAAGAUAUCAUUCUAACAUCGAGUCCUUUUUUGAAACUGUACGGUCUGGAUCAAUAUUAAUUAUUUCACAUUCUACUUGUACUCUCUCAACUUCUCACUCAUCAUCAAGUGUUCGAGUUAUUGAUUAUCUUGUUCCUCGUACACCUUAUCAUCAAAGACAAUCAUCACACCGUCAGUUUGAUUUGGAAAUGUUGUGAAACCUAUGUCCAGUACACUGUCACGACUCACUAGCCAAUCGGCUCUAGAACUGACUCACUUGAGUAUAUAUAUACAACCAAAAAAACAAACUUUGAAGAAGAGUGAUGAAUGCUUAGAAUUAGCGAGGUUCAAGUUGGAAAAAUGCCCAAAAUACAACUGUCCCUAGAUC